AGUGCGCUAUCUCCUGCCAGAUGUUAAUUCUGCAAAAGGGCUUUAGCAAUAAGUAUAGCAUGGUACAUGAAGAGGAGUGAGCUGAGGUUAGCGUGAAGAUAAUUUUAGCAUAAGCACAGUGACCUGCGCUACAUAUAGCACUAGUUGUGACCCUGAUAUUGGAACUGACCAUGCAGUUGUUUUGAUGCCAAGACCUAUGGGGGAGGGGGGGAGCCCGGGAGACCCUGUCUUUCUUGUUUCUGGCCUGAUCCUGACCCUGGCAUGUUACCUGGUUUAAGCUCUUUGCCUCACCCUUGCCUGUGCUGUAAACUGAUUACCUGGCUGCUGACCCCUGGAACAGAAUUUUGGAUUAUUCUUCUGCAUCAUCCUUCUGCUUUGAUGUUGGGUUUUUGAUUACUAAUUUAGUAUUAAACCUUGGUCAGACUACUCUUCUGAUUAUCACCUGAUUACCAAUAACUGCUGCUGCUUGCCCUGUGUUAUCUCAGACUUGUACCUAUCCUGGCCCUCCAAAGCAGCUACUGCAGAGUUAGUUCCAGUUUAUUCACAGGCUCGUCAGAAGAUUGAGUUCAGAAGAAAUGAAACCUAGCCAAGGAGGAUGGUGUCUUUUUCUGGCACAACUGAUGAGUAUAAACUGUAUCGGAAUGGGAAGAGGGAGACCACCAAUUAGACCAGAGGAUACAGCAUAUAAGGGACUUAUUUUAAAAGGAAUAGAGGAUAGAUAUAUACAGGCAGAUAGAUUUAUUUGGCCGAGGGAGUUAAAAGUAAAAGAAAUUGGUGACUUACAUUUGAAUAUCAUGUUGCCAAAUGAUAGUAUGGGGUUAGCUCUUAGGGCACCAAUAAAUGUGACCAAGGGACAAGAAUGGAACUGGGUGGUUAGAAAUGGGCAGGUAACAGCUAAUGGAAUAUUUAUAGAUCGUGUGAAAUUGACUUCAACCUCCCAAGGAUACUAUAAACAUAUUAAUAUCAUAGUAAGCAACAUAUCUUUAAAUGAGGGUGGUGAAUGGGAGGUUGCCACUAUAGCUUCACAUCCCAAUAAAGAAUUGAAAUGCAAUCUUAACACUGGAGAGGGGUGUGUAUUAACAGUAGAUGAGGUAACACUUUCAGUACAGAAAAGGGAAAAUUGUAAAGAUCAGAUAAGAAUUCCAUGGCCAAAAAGGGGAAUCAUUGUAGUCCCUACACAUGAAACUGUGGUACAAGGUGUAGGAUGGACAUAUUACCCCAUAAUGUUAGAUUUUAAUUAUUUCAUGAUUCCUUUAAGGUGCUCAAGACAGCAGCGCGAAUGGUUCAAAGGAAGGACACAGGAGAUUAUUGAUGAGUGGACAGAAACAAAGAGAAGGGACAAGCGAGAUACCAUAGCAACAAUUUUGGGAGGAGUUGGAACCGGAUUAGGUGUGUGGAACUCAGCUGAUAUCAAAGGACUUAAUAGCAGAAUUAACUCUCUGACAGAUGGUUUUGGCCAUGCCAUGAAAACAGGUGGAGUAGCCGACUCACUUAUUGUAGAGAAGUUGGGAGACAAUGUAGAUGACAUACACACCAUUGCCCACAAUUUACAACUAGUGGAGGAGAACAUUGCCGACAUCUCAAACAGUAUUAAAAAUGAAGAAAUAGGAGCUGCCAUCUUUUGCUCCAUGACCGGGAAUAAACUAUUAUCUGAUCUGAAGGAUACUAUAAAUGAUAUAAAAGGAAACAAGUGGACAGAAAAACUUAAUGCAACUAAGAUCAUAGCAACAUUAAGGAAAAAAGGUGUGAUAGUUACAGAGGACAAUUUAAAGCAUGCAUACAUUGAGGGACCAGGACAAUGGCUACCGGAAGAAUCUGAAUCUGGGAGAGUAGGACUAAUCCUAGCAUUUCCACGUUGGGAAGGAGAAGCGGAACCAUUGAAUUUUGUGCAUAGUAUUGGUACUUUUAGCCAAAGCACCUACCAGCAACAUUUUCCUUCAAAAAAAUUGGCAACUAUUACAGAAGUAGUAAUUGAUGAAGGCUGUUGCAAGAAAGUUCAACAUCGAUGGCUAUGUACCUGCACCUGGGAAACUAGAGACAUUGAGAAUGGAUGGGUGCAGUUUACAAAAGCUGAGCUGGUACGCAAGGUCAUUCAUAUUGGAGAUAUGGCCUGUUUCAUAGGCCAUAAGGAGUACAAAACAUCAGAUGAGACAUGCCCAGUGGAAGAAGGGACAUGUGUUAGAGUAACAACACCCCUCCAUGUUGGAACACAUACUGUCUUUCCAUCAGGAAACCUCACUACUGACUGCAUGAAUUUUACUGAGGACACUGUCUGGGAGAAUUGGACUUUGAAGCUUUUUCCUCCUAUUCCUAAGCUCACUUUGCAGUUACAUGAACUAGUACAACGUACUAAACAGCAGCUACGCCCCAUCAGCAAUUUGCUUGAGCAACAAAAUAAUGAACUUGAAAAAACUAAAGAAGAAGUUAUCCAUCCAUGGUGGGGAGUACUCACUGAUGUAGAAACACACCCGAUAAUGAGAACUCUCUCCUUAAUGCUUAUGUUUAUCCAAGUUAUAACAACAGCUGUGAUACUGUAUUUUUGUGUGAUAUUAAAGAAGAUGAAGAGGAAGCUGAAAGCAAGGAACCAAAAUGACUUUAUUUAAGUGUUAUUCUUGUUGUUCAGGCACGACUGCAUACUCUUCUAAUAAAGUUUACCCAUAAAUUCACACACAAUCACAUACACAUCCCUCAUCAGGUAAGUAUGCUUUGCCAAACCCACCGUCAUGCACCCACAUUUCUCUCUAUCUUCUGAUAUUUUGUUUUUCUGACUUGUAUUAAUUUGUUUGGAUUGUGUUGGGAGUAAUAGUUAGUUUUUAUUAUUAAUUGUAUAACAUUUAGGUUAGCAGUUGACAGUCCUAGGAAAGUACAGAAGAGCUCAAGUCGCCAAGGGAUUUAUUCCGGAGGGACGCUGGGUUGAAUUUUUCCUAUAAGGUUUUCGCUCCCACUGGGUUCUUCUGUAUUAAUGGGUAUAAAUAGAAAACGGGGCAACAUAGGAGAAAUUAAAGUGGGGGAAUGUGGUGUCAUAAAACCAGAGAAUUUAUCCCUAGAGUGUUCAAGUAGUUAAUUCUUUAAUUUACAAACAUAUUUUAAAAUAUAGACUAGGUCUCUGGCCUAGUCUUUGUCUAAGAAGGACACUCCCAUAUAGCCUUUUGAUUGGUGUAUGGUAGGACACACCUUAAAUGAAUUAAGUAUACAAUGGGAGCCAACAGUUAGUAUACACACUUUUUUAUCUUCCUCACCUCCUGGAAGCAACUGAGAGAGAGAGAGCAUUGGAGGACUGAACUGGCUGAGUAUAUUAGCAUUCGUAUACAUUUUACUUUGGGAUAAAUUCUCUUGUUCACUAUGUUUAGUUAAUAUUGCUUAAUCUGGGUUUGUUUAAAAUAGAGUUGCCCCAUAUAAUUUGGACUGUAUCUUUAUGUUUGUAGCUCUUGGUAUUUCUUGAGACUUGUUUUAUAUUUUGUAGCCUAUAGAUAAUUGUUAAUCUUCAUACCUAUAUUAUUUGUCUUCCAAUAAAAUAAUUUUAAAAAGUGGACAA